GAACCCAAACAACCAAAAUAUGAUGAACCCAAACAACCCAAAUAUGAUGAACCCAAACAACCCAAAUAUGAUGAACAACCCAAAUAUGAUGAACCCAAACAACCCAAAUAUAAUGAACCCAAACAACCCAAAUAUGAUGAACCCAACUGA